AUAUAGACUUAGCUGCACGGGCUGUGUCCCACACUGAGCCUGGGAGCUGCCACAGCUCAGGACCAAAACAUGAACUUGCUGAUUUAACCAGAUCAACCACUGCUAGUGAGGGGGGGAAAAAAAGGAAAUCCUUUGAAAUUUAUCUUUCUCUUUAGGUUUAAAAAGUCUUAGAGGAAGGAGGGAAGAAUGAACAUGUCUGAACUUGGCCAAAACUCCGACGAAGACGUGUGUCCCGAGGACAUUGAUGAGGAUGAAAUCCUGGCUAACCUGUCCCCUGAGGAGCUGAAGGAGCUGCAGAGCGAGAUGGAAGUCAUGGCCCCAGACCCUGAAAUCCCAACUGGGAUGAUACAGAGGAAUCAGACAGAGAAACCCCCCACAGGGAGCUUCGACCACAGGUCCCUGGUUGACUACCUGUACUGGCAGAAGGCAUCCAGACGCAUGCUCGAGGAUGAGAGAGUUCCUGUCACCCUCUUGCCCUCUGAGAGAAGUGCUGCGGAGGAGAUGGAAGGAGGGGCUGGCAGCAGUGGUGAGGUGGCUGGCGGGAGGAUGCCAGGAACAGAGGGAAAAGAGAGACAUUACCAAAAUGAGCACGUGUCUGAGUCAAGACCACAACCUGGGGACACAAAGAAAGACAGAAGUGAUGAGGAGAGAGUGGUGGAGGAGAAUGAGAAAGAAGAAGCAGAGGAGGAAGAGGAAGAUGAUGAAGAGGAAGAAGAAGAAGAAGAAAAUGAGACUGAAUUGGAAACAAAUGAGAAUUACACCAAUGAGAGCAGUCACAUCAACCAGAUAAGUCAGAAGCCAGGUACAGAACCAGGAGAUAUCAAAGAAAAGCCUAAGGAAAAUGAAAAGAAAAUAUCAAAAUUGAACAUCCCCCAGAAGUUAGCGCUGGAUACCAGCUUCAUGAAACUAAGUGCCAGACCCUCAGGAAAUCAAACCAAUUUAGAAGACAGUUUGGAGAAAGUCCGAAAAAACAACCCAGAUGUGAAGGAGCUCAACCUGAACAACAUAGAAAACGUCCCCAAGGAAAUGCUGAUAGAUUUUGUCAACGCCAUGAAAAAGAAUAAGAACGUAAAAACGUUCAGCUUGGCCAACGUGGGGGCCGACGACAACGUGGCGUUCGCACUGGCCAACAUGCUGAGGGAGAACAGGAGCAUCACCACCCUGAACAUUGACUCCAACUUCAUCUCUGGCAAAGGCAUCGUGGCCAUCAUGCGCUGCCUGCAGUACAACGAGACGCUGACGGAGCUCCGCUUCCACAACCAGAGGGGCCUGCUGGGCCACCAGGCAGAGAUGGAGAUCGCCAGGCUGCUGAAAGCCAACAACACCCUCCUCAAAAUGGGGUAUCACUUCGAGCUGCCGGGGCCCAGGAUGGUGGUGACCAACCUGCUCAGCAGGAACCUGGACAAGCAGAGGCAAAAGAGGCAAGAGGGGCAAAGGCAGCAGCAGAUGAAAGAGCAGAAAGAGUUGAUAGCCAUGCUGCAGAAUGGACUUGGGUUGCCUCCCGGGAUGUGGGAAAUGCUGGGAGUGCCACUGCCCCAGCUGAGGAUGCAGGAGCCCCCACAAGCCCCUAAACCCCCCGUCCCUGCAGCUGUGUCACUGAGCAAGAGGCAGGAGAACACGAGGCCACCAGCACCCGAGCAGCCGUGCAGAGAGAAACCCAUCAGCUUCAAAGUGGUCAAGCUGAAGAAGACUCAGCGCAAACCCCCUGUGCCAGAGUACGUGGAGCCUGCUGAGAAAACCAACCUCAAAGAUGUCAUCAAAACACUUAAACCAAUUCCCAGGAGAAGACCCCCUCCCCUGGUAGAGAUAACCCCCAGAGAUCAGCUCCUCAACGACAUCCGCCAGAGCAACGUCGCUUAUCUCAAGCCGGUGCCGUUGCCAAAGCAGCUGGAGUGAGAGACCAGACUGACCUGAAGAAAACAACUUGGAAUAAAGACUAUUCAAGUUUUGCUUACAACUGUUUCAGCAGAUGUUUUCUGCAGAACCCAGGUGGUGUAUUCAACUCUUUGGGAACAAAGCUUGUGAUACACACUUGUAUAAGUGUGGUGAGAACGGCUGGCAUGGGAAAAGUCAGUGCUAAGUGUUUCCAUCAGGUAUCAACCAAUCCCGCUGCCAUCUGUCUGCCAAGGGGAUUUGAGGCUUCAGUUUAUUGUGGGAGUAUUUUCUCAGAGGCAUCAAUAACCUUGUCUUUCUAGUUUGUCAGCAAACUAUUUUGCUUCCACGUUGUCCUUGUGCUGGCAGAUUCUGCAGGAACACUCUGUGCUUUAUCUUAUCUUUCUUUUCACACACAUGCUACUUUAUUACUCUCUUGUCCAUGAGAAAUGUAUUUGGUUUCCAUGUAUACAGCUUCAAUUUUUUUAGGCUAAGGAAACAGAAAUGAAAUAAAGCUCUCUCUGUAAGAAGUGUGCAGCACUUCCAUUGCUAACAAAGCACUCACAGAACGACUGCUCUGGUACAACAAACACCUUCCAAGCUCCAUUUCAGAACAAUGUCUAGUGGGUAUUGUACCUGAUCAACAUUUAAAAGAUGAUGCCAUGCUCUGCUUUGGGAACUGUGAUGUUCAUUCCCUGUGAUUCACCACUCUCUUACUGCAAUCCUUAAUUGCAGCCACCUUGGAGGACACUGAAAUGCCAUUUUAGGUCUCUCUCCACACUUUUUGUGGCAGGAGGAUGAGUCUCACGUCUUUUCCAAGGGUUUAAGAAACUCCUAAUUCCUCCUAGCAUGAUGUGUGAAUAGCAUGUCAAGUCUGGCAGGGCUGGAUUUGAAGGGGUAAAACCUGUAUAUACACAACUCAGUUCUUCCUUAAUAUUUUUGUGAUUUUUUUUUUCUCCUCCCUCUUUAUGAUCACAUUUAGUUCUUCUGCUGUCUUUCUUGUAAAGCAGCUACAGGUAAGUCACACUCAUGUGAAAUACAUCCACAAGAGAUCAAUUGUUUUAGGGACUUUUUUCUUUGUUUUUUAAAGCUAUAAGGCACAGGGAAAGAACAAAGGUUUCUCUGUGCUAAAAUGCACCUUCCUGUGGCUGCUUGAUCCAAAGGCACAGCUAUCAGUAAUCCUGGAAGCAGAAAUCCCUCUCAGGUAAUUAACAAGAAUUUGAAAUCCCAGUUAAGCAGAGGUGAGUUAUAUAAGAGACCAAAGCUGCAUGAAGAAAUACUGUAAGUAUUCCACCUCUGUAGAGCAGCUGUUUAAGGAUGCAAAAGCAAGGCUGGAACAUUUCAGCUCAGAGAUCCCUCAGGCCUCAACAAAGCUGACACAGAGCAGUCAGAGCCAGCAGCUCACUCCCCAGCACGGGCUUGUGGCACGAGCCACAGGGUGACAGCAGAUCUCCCACCACCCCAACCACAGACACAGGCACAGGCUCGAGUUUCCAACCAUUAGAAUUUAUUUUUCUUCAUAACUGUGCAGUUUUUAAAAUGCUACUGUAAUGAUGAAGUCAUAGGCUACUAUGUUGUUUAGGUGUGGAAACAGUUCUUGAAAAACAAAGACCAUGCGCUACAGUGAGGAACAGGCCAUUGACUCUUCAGCUGGAAUAUACAGACAUUUUUGAUAAAUACUCAUCACCUUAACACUUAAAUGGAAUGACAUGUUCAGAGUUCUACACAGUUCACUAUGAAAACAGCAUGGCAAGUUACAUAAAAGCUUCAACUUCAAGGAUCCUUGCUUUUUUGUUAAAUUAAUUACUUGGUUAGAAAAGAGAAAUGAAAGAAUAUUUGAAAUGGAGUCUCACCUGGACAACUUUCCCCCCCUGUUGUUGGUAAGCUCCUGUUAUCAAGAUGAUUCCAUCAGAGCUGGCAGUUAAAUUGUGUAUAUAUAAAAGAAUCCCCCUCACUGCUUUCAACAUCAGGAGUUUUAACAGGCAAAUAUCUUCAUGAAUUUGGAAUGGGUUUUCAAAAA